AUGGUGCUUAAAAUGCAGCAUGGUGCCCAUUUACUUUGGGUAGGGCUGUUUGUUUGUGGUAUGGUGGACCUUGGAGCCAGUUUGGAGUUCACUGGUGCGGAAGGCCAGUGGGCCACCUUUCCAAUGUGGAAUGCAUGCUGCGAAAGCGAAAUGAGUUUCAACAUGAAAACCAAGAGUUCUAAUGGGCUUUUAGUCUACUUUGAUGACGAAGGCUUCUGUGAUUUCCUCGAACUCCUCAUUGUCAAUGGUAAACUCAAUCUUCGCUUCUCCAUUUUCUGUGCUGAGCCUGCAACCGUGCUUUCAGACAUUGCUGUGAAUGACAGUCAGUGGCAUUCUGUCACCAUUAGAAGAAACUUCAAAAACACCACCCUAAUAGUGGACAAAGAAGUCAAAUGGGUAGAAGUGAAGUCAAAAAGAAGGGACAUGACUGUCUUCAGUCAUUUGUUUUUAGGAGGGAUUCCGCCGGAACUGAGAUCUGUUGCUUUAAGGCUAACAUCGGAUGCAGUCAAGGACCAAACUCCUUUUACAGGUUGGAUAACAGACUUGAAAGUCAACAACAGUGAAGCUGUACUCAUCAACAGUGCAGGAGUCAGCAGUGAUCUAUGCAGCACAGACAACAUGUGUCUGAAUGGAGGAGUUUGCAGUGUUGUCAACAAUGAACCGACAUGUGACUGUUCCGAAACUGGGUUUCAGGGGAAGGACUGCAGUGAAGAAGACAACUAUUCUAAAGGUCUUGCGCACCUGAUGAUGGGCGACCAAGGUAAAAGUAAAGGGAAAGAAGAGCAUGUGGCGACCUUCAAAGGCUCUGAAUACUUCUGCUACGAUUUGUCAUUGAAUCCAAUCCAAAGCAGCAGUGAUGAAAUCACGCUUUCAUUCAAAACCCUACAGAGGAACGGACUCAUGCUGCACACGGGCAAAUCGGCCGACUAUGUCAACCUGGCGCUGAAAAACGGGGCGGUCUCACUCGUCAUUAAUUUGGGGUCCGGGGCCUUUGAAGCUCUGGUGGAGCCAGUCAAUGGGAAAUUUAAUGACAAUGAUUGGCAUGAUGUGAAAGUAACAAGGAAUCUUCGUCAGCACUCAGGCAUUGGACACGCUAUGGUAACAAUAUCCGUGGAUGGGAUUCUGACCACUACUGGAUAUACGCAAGAAGACUACACGAUGCUAGGCUCUGACGACUUUUUCUAUGUUGGAGGCAGCCCUAGCACAGCAGACCUUCCUGGAUCUCCUGUUAGCAACAACUUUAUGGGUUGCCUGAAGGAGGUCGUGUACAAAAACAAUGAUGUUCGGCUAGAACUCUCCAGGUUGGCCAUGCAGGGAGAUCCCAAGAUGAAGAUCCAUGGUGUGGUGGCCUUUAAAUGUGAGAAUGUGGCCACACUGGAUCCCAUCACCUUUGAAACACCGGAAUCCUACAUCACCCUACACAAGUGGAACGCCAAGAAAACCGGAUCCAUUUCCUUUGACUUCCGCACCACGGAGCCUAAUGGACUGCUUCUCUUCAGCCAUGGCAAACCCAAGCAACAGACGAAAGAGGCCAAGAGUCCUCUCACACUCAAAGUGGACUUUUUUGCCAUUGAGAUGUUGGAUGGCCAUCUGUACCUGUUGCUGGACAUGGGCUCUGGAACAACCAAGACCAAGGCUGUGAAUAAGAAGGUGAAUGAUGGAGAAUGGUACCACGUGGACUUUCAGAGAGAUGGGAGAUCAGGAACCAUCUCCGUCAACACCAUCCGCACGCCCUACCAGGCACCUGGGGAGAGUGAAAUCCUAGACUUGGAUGACAACCUGUAUUUGGGUGGUCUGCCAGAGAACAGGGUGGGCCUGGUGUUCCCCACCGAGGUUUGGACCGCGCUCCUCAACUACGGCUAUGUGGGCUGCAUUCGUGACCUCUUCAUCGACGGUCAGAGCAAAGACAUCCGGCGAAUGGCAGAGAUGCAGAAAGCAGCCGGGGUCAAGCCCUCCUGUUCCAAAGAGGCACCCAAACAGUGCCUAAGCAACCCAUGUCAGAACAACGGGAUCUGUCGUGAGGGCUGGAACCGUUAUGUCUGCGACUGCUCUGGAACCGGUUACCUGGGUCGGUCCUGUGAAAGAGAUGCCACCAUCCUCAGUUAUGAUGGAAGUAAGUUUAUGAAGAUCCAGUUGCCUGUGGCUAUGCACACGGAAGCUGAGGAUGUGUCCCUUCGGUUCCGAUCCCAGCGGGCCUAUGGCGUUCUCAUGGCCACCACAUCCCGAGACUCUGCAGACACCCUGCGUCUGGAGCUAGAGACCGGCCGAGUGAGACUCACCAUAAACUUAGACUGUGUCAGGAUAAACUGUACCACCAGCAAGGGUCCAGAGACUAUUUUUGCCGGUCAGAAUCUGAACGAUAAUGAAUGGCACACGGUGCGUGUGAUGCGGAGAGGAAAGAGUUUGAAGCUGUCUGUGGAUGAUUUGCCACCUGUAGAAGGUGAGAUUCCAGGAGACCACACCCAGCUUGAGUUCCACAACAUCGAGACGGGAAUUAUCACAGAGAAACGCUACAUGUCAAUAGUGCCUUCCAACUUCAUUGGGCACCUGCAGAGCCUCUCCUUCAACGGCAUGGCCUACAUCGACCUGUGCAAAAACGGAGACAUCGACUACUGCGAGCUAAACGCCAUGAUCGGCUUCAAGAGCAUCAUUGCUGACCCUGUGACCUUUAAGUCGCGUUCCAGCUAUGUGGCUCUGACCACACUGCAGGCCUAUUACUCCAUGCACCUGUUCUUCCAGUUUAAGACAACCUCCUCAGACGGCCUUAUCCUCUACAACAGCGGAGACGGAAAUGACUUCAUCGUAGUGGAGCUUGUCAAAGGCUACCUACACUAUGUGUCAGACCUAGGCAAUGGAGCUCAUCUGAUCAAAGGCAACUCUAACAAACCACUCAACGACAACCACUGGCACAAUGUCAUGAUCUCCCGAGAUACUAACAACCUGCAUACGGUCAAGAUUGACACUAAAAUUACCACACAGACCACCACAGGAGCCAAGAAUUUAGAUUUAAAAGGCAAUCUGUAUAUUGGUGGUGUGUCCAAGGAGAUGUACAAAGAGCUGCCCAAGUUAGUGCAUGCCAAGGAGGGUUUCCAGGGAUGCCUGGCCUCUGUGGAUCUGAACGGCCGACUCCCAGACCUGCUGUCAGACGCCUUGGACUGCGUAGGCCAAAUUGAAAGGGGCUGUGAAGGUCCCAGUACCACAUGCCAGGAGGACUCCUGUGCAAACCAGGGUGUGUGUCUGCAGCAGUGGGAGGGCUUCACCUGUGACUGUAGCAUGACAUCAUUUGGAGGACCUCUCUGUAAUGAUCCGGGGACUACAUACAUUUUUGGGCGAGAAGGGGGUCUUAUCACCUACACCUGGCCCCCAAAUGACCGGCCGAGCACGCGAGCUGACCGGCUGGCCGUGGGCUUCAGUACCCAGCUCAAAGAAGCCGUGCUGGUGAGAGUGGACAGUUCCUCUGGCCUCGGAGACUAUCUCAAACUUCACAUUGAAAAGGGGAAUAUCGCAGUGGUAUUUAAUGUUGGAACAGAUGACAUUAACAUAGAAGAGAAGACAAAGUUUGUAAAUGAUGGGAAAUACCAUAUAGUGAAGUUUACUCGGAGUGGUGGUAAUGCCACCCUGCAGGUGGAUGACUUGCCUGUCAUUGAGCGGUAUCCAGUAGGCAACAUUGAUAACGAACGACUGGCGAUUGCUAGACAGCGAAUCCCAUAUCGACUUGGUCGAGUAGUUGACGAAUGGCUACUCGACAAAGGUCGACAACUCACUAUCUUCAACAGCCAGACCACCAUUAAGAUCGGAGGUUGGGACAACGGGGGUAGUCGGUCUUUUCAGGGCCAGAUGUCCGGUCUAUACUACAAUGGUCUGAAGGUCUUCAACAUGGCAGUAGAGGGAGAUCCUAACAUUCGUAUUGAGGGCAGCGUGCGUCUGGUGGGCGAAUCACCCUCGUCCAUCACACCACAAUCCAGCGCCACCGUCAAUCGUUCAGAAACCUCCACCUCCUCCAUGCUGGACAUUGCCAUCACCACAGCCUCCAGCCGGAGGGUUAAACAGACCACACCCAGAGAACCUCAGCAGACGACAGACGAGCUGUUAGUGGCGUCUGCUGAGUGUCCAAGUGACGACGAGGACAUCGAUCCCUGUGAGCCAAGCUCAGGUGGGUUAGCUAAUCCCACAGGCCCUGGGGUUAAGGGCUAUCCUGGGCCAUCGGAGGUAUUUCGCGAAUCCAGCAGCACGACUGGCAUGGUGGUGGGUAUCGUGGCAGCUGCCGCUCUCUGCAUACUCAUCCUCCUCUACGCCAUGUACAAGUAUCGAAACCGCGACGAAGGCUCCUACCACGUAGACGAAAGCCGCAACUAUAUCAGCAACUCUGCACAGUCCAACGGUACGGUCGUAAAGGAGAAACCCACCAACAGUGCCAAGAACUCGAGCAAGAGCAAGAAGAACAAGGACAAGGAGUAUUACGUGUGAUCCUUCUAUUUGCUGGUUCUCUCGUAACCAGCUUUGAACUUUCCUUAUAAAGAGACCAAUCAGAAGACCAACAUGUGUAUAGUAACAAAGUCAAAUGAAACUGGAAAAGAAAAAAUAAAAAACUCUUCUUUAAAAGUUUAGUCCUCAUGGCGUGAUACUAAAAAGAGAUACAUGGUUUUCCUUAAACACUCUACACAAGCACAUGGGACUGAGUGGAGACACAGCAGAACUGAUACGUGACUAACAGACAUGCAGUCGGAGGACUGGAAACCCAGCAAAAACACAGACUGGACUGAAUAAAACAAGACAUAAUAAUAUACUAGGAUUAUCCAUAACUGAAGAUAAUAUUACCAAUACAGACCCAUCUGUUCUGCCAAAAGCCUUCUGCCACCAGGAUAUUACAAUCUCACUUUCCUGUUUUAGGAAAAAAAAAAAAAAAAAAACUAAACAAAACAGGAAAUGUGGGG